AUGGCCGCAGCUUUUACAACUUCCUACACGUCCACAUCGACAAUGUCGAUUGCAGGACCGAUGAUGACCGCUUUCACUCCGCCAGACCACUGCGCCAACGUUUUCAAGUCGUCAUGUGUUCUUUCCACGCCUUCCAGUUAUACCAGUAUAGGAACUUCCUUGUCAUACUCUUAUGGCGAUCCCGUCACAUCCUGUGCCUAUGUGGAGCGCGACCUCUCAUGCGGUUCUGAUGGACAGGCCACUCGUGACAUUGCAUGUUUCCCAAACAACAACGGUGGUGGUCGCAGCACGUUGCUGUUCUCUCCUGGGAUAGGCUGUCCUGGUGAGUGGGAGAUGCAGAGCGAGGUCAUAGUAUCCAGCAAAACCACUGCAGUGUGCUGCCCUUCUGGCUAUCGAGAGCAUUCCUCAUAUGCGAGUUGUAUCAGUACUAUCUCCUACACUGAUGGUACCGCACCUGCCCUGUCUUGCGCCAGUGGCGGAACUUCGGUAAUCGAUCCUCUUACUUAUUCUACUUACACUUCAAUCUACGAUAUGAGUACCACCACGUCGAUCUACUCCACUACCUAUCCGGAAUACAGCACCGUCUGGGCGCAAAAAAUCCUCGUUGCUUAUCCCACUACCUCUGCAAGUGACGGACGGGUCACCCCGCUCGGCGAGCCAACUUCUACCAACAACCCCAAGGGAGGCUCCGCAUUACCAAAACCGGAUGAUGAAUCUGGUCUUGGGGCAGGUGCUAUCGCGGGCAUCGUCGUGGGAGUGGUCGGCGCGCUACUUCUGGUCGGCGCAUUUUUCUUCUGGCGUCGCCGCCAACAAAAGCAUCACCAUGCGCCGAUCCCAAAGUCUAGUCCGACAGGAGAGCAUGAUGCGUUACCGGAGUUUGUUGCAACGAGUGGUACGAGCACCAGCCCUGCACAGAUGACCGCAGCCAAUUCCAAUGGGUUGUUCCAACCACAGCCGGAGUUGAGGUCUCCACGAUGA